AUGGUCCAAUUGAAGAUUCAAGAUCCAGCCGGUCCAAUAGAGGUUCAAGACAAAGCCAGAACCAGAUCGGCCAUCUCCAUCUCUCGCGUCCGACCAAGCCGCGCCCUAGCCGUCUGUGCGUCCGUCCUGUCCAGUCCGGUUCUUGAACCUCUGAUCGUCCAUUUUAGCAGUCUGAAUCCCAGCCUGAGAGACAUGGGAGAUGUCAAUGCUAAUGCUGUUCCAACCCAGGCUGACAUCAACGCACAGCUAAUGGCCGGCCAAGCCCAACUUACGGCCACUAUGAAUGCCGUGACCGAUUCAGAUUCUGAACCACCUGAUCGAGAAGAGCCUCGACCCGCCCACGCCGGACGAGAAGGCCGACGAGAGCAUCGGAUCCAAGGAGAUGGGAGUCCGAUCAGGAGGAGACGCCGAGAGGAUGAAAUCCCUUGGCAAGGAGGAAAGGACCUCAAGCUUAACCCACCAACCUUUGCUGGAAAGGUCAACCCGGGCGCCUACGUUGAAUGGGAAAGGCGCAUGGAAUACAUCUUCGAGUACUACAAUUACUCUGAGGCCAGGAAGAUAGCCUUAGCCGCGGCCCAACUGACCGAGAACGCUCUAUCUUGGUGGGACAGAGAAGUGUCCGAGACCAGCCGAGUCUAUAGAGUUGAGACUUGGGAAGAGAUGCGAUCCAAGCUUCGCACAAGGUAUGUUCCUGCUUAUUAUCAACGAGACUUACAGAAACGUUUUCGUAAAUUGUCUCAGGGAACGCGGACUGUAGAAGAGUACUAUGAGGAGUUUGAGUCCCUCAGGAACAAGCUCAAGACACGCGAGACGCAAGAGACCCUGAUGGCUCAGUUCAUGGAUGGGUUACAAGACCGCAUUGCCCGAAAGGUCGAGCGCCAGCAGUAUGAGACCUUCCACGACCUGCUUCACUUUGCCGUCCAGGCCAAACAACACAUCAAACGGAAGAACGCGUCCACAGCCAGAGGCAAAGGAACAUGGACGCAACCGGCUUCCAAAGGAGUGGACAAGGGCAAGUCCGUGGAUGUGGAGAACCGGUUCAAGAAAAAUCAGACCGAACCGUCCAAGUCUGGCACAUCCGACCAAGGUAAGACCCAAGGUCAAAAUCAACGUACCCGUGACAUUACUUGUUUUAAAUGUCAGGGAAAGGGACACUAUGCCAGAGAUUGCCCCAACAAGCGUGUAAUGAUCCUCAAGGCUGAUGGUGAGUAUGAAUCCCAAGACGAGGCCGAAGUUGAGACCAUGGUUUCUGAUGAAGAGGUAGUCGAUUAUGCUGAGACCGGAGAUCUACUGGUUACCAGACGAUCUCUCAGUGCUCUCUUCGAUCCUGAAACCGUUCAAAGAGAAAACAUCUUUCAUACAAGAUGUAGCGUGGAACAAAAGGUCAAGUGUGACGUUGUGCCUAUGAAAGCCGGCCACAUACUUCUAGGACGGCCAUGGCAGUUCGAUAAGGAGACCAUUCAUCAUGGUCGGACCAAUGUCUAUAGCUUCAGCCACAACAACAAGAAGCACAGCCUAGUACCUUUAAGUCCUCAAGAGGUUUAUGAGAUGCAACAAGCAAUGGAUCAUGCCAGCAAGGUGCUGCUAAUGGUCUUUAGAGAGAGUUGUUUUGCAGAGAUUGAGGCCACGGAGUUACCAGCCGAAGUACAAGGCCUCAUGGAGCAAUAUAAGGACGUCUUUCCUGAUGAGAUCCCAGCCGGCCUACCUCCUAUCGGAGGCAUAGAACAUCAGAUCGAUUUUGUGCCAGGCGCACCCUUGCCAAACCGAGCGGCCUACCGAGUUAACCCAGAAGAAGCCAAGGAGUUGGAGAGACAGGUCCAAGACCUCAUGGAUAAGGGUUACAUCCGGGAGAGUCUUAUUCCGUGUGCUGUUCCGGUUCUAUUGGUUCCAAAGAAGGAUGGAACAUGGCGCAUGUGGGUGGACUGCCGGGCCAUCAACAACAUAACCAUCAAAUAUCGGUACCCAAUACCUAGACUAGAUGAUAUGCUGGAUGAACUAAGUGGGUCUGUUGUGUUCUCUAAGAUUUAUCUCAGGAGUGGAUACCACCAAGUUCGAAUGAAGGAGGGAGACGAGUGGAAGACAGCCUUCAAGACCAGGAAGGUCUAUACGAAUGGCUGGUCAUGCCGUUUGGCCCUCACCAACGCCCCCAGCUCCUUCAUGAGACUCAUGAACCAGGUUCUUCGACCUUUCAUAGGGAAAUUUGUGGUUGUGUACUUUGAUGACAUACUGAUCUAUAGCCGCUGUUUAGAUGACCACCUUAGACACCUUGAACAAGUGAUCAAAGUUCUUAGUUCACAGGGCCUGAAGGUAGAUGAAGAGAAGAUCAAGGCGAUCCAAGACUGGCCUACACCUACCACCAUUGGCCAUGUUCACAGUUUCCACGGCCUGGCCAGUUUCUAUUGGCGGUUCGUCAAGGAACUCAGCACCAUAGCCGCUGCCUUGACCUCUGUGAUCAAGAAGAACGUAUCCUUUAUUUGGGGACCAGCCCAAGAAGAGUCUUAG